GUUGAAUAUUAAGUCGCCAUAUUGUUGGUAGUCAUGGCGUACCAUCCUGUGUCUCUUCGAGGGCUAGCUAUCGCACAUAUGAUAUUUGGCUCUUUAAUGAUAAUACUGGGAAUUGCAUCCCGUAUUGCAGUGGAUCACUGGUGUCCUAAGAUCGGUUAUGGCGUCUGGAUUGGCAUUUGGGUGAGCGUAAAAAAUCUCGUAUACUUCUAACUGCCUCGUCGAAUUAGUUAAUCACGUACUAACUUACAGGUAAAUCAAAAAUAUGCGAAGUAGAGCUUUUGACUGCUCGAUCAGCAGUGUUGCAUGAUGACUACUGCAGUAGAUACAGGAAAAACACAUAUUUCUAGUUUGUCUUGGAUAAAGAUCAGAAGUAAAGGACAGACAAAAUUUUGCAUUGCGGCUUGUUAGUUGCGCACAAUUCGUCUCUAUAGAUACAAUCACUCCCUUGGUGUUAUUUACGCCAUCGUGAAAUUAUCUGAGUGCGCCAAAUUUCUUGAUCUCUUAGUGGCAUUGACGAGCACUUAGAAGGUGAUUUUGUGGAGGGUUUGGAGUAAUUCAUUACUGCGUCAGCAUAACGGAGCGAUCAACUCCUCUGCACGCUAGGUCAUUACCCAGUUUGUUUAUAACAAUAAAAUACCUGAUAUGCAUAUUUGCUAUGCUUAAUCCUGGGAGUAAGAUGCUCACGGGCUGUGGAUUAAAUUACAAAACAUUUGUGCAGAUACCUUUUUUAAUUUUUCAAUCUGAUCAUUUUGGGAGAUGGGUUCCGAAAAAAAUAUUUUACCUUGAUAUGUUACGAUUCACGAAACACAAUUUACAGCCCUUGGUAAGUAUUAUUCUGGUAAAAUUUCCGCACAGCCCCAUACUACAUUAUGCAUUCAGUUCUUAAAUAGAGAAAACAAUGACAAAAACAAUACAUUGCCAUUGGAAAACAGAUUUUUUUUUUACAAUAGUAUGGGGCUGUACAGAAACUUUACCAUUAUUCUAAGCUGAUGGGUUUAUUGAUGACGGAAAAUAACCCACAUUAAAACCAGAAUUACAGAUUUACUGUAGUUAUUUAAGUUCUUGAAAGUUUUAAAAACUGACCAACCUUGCAAUGUGGCAUGACCUAAGAUAUCCUGAGACAAGGUCCAAAAAAUCUCUUUUGAUAUGAAAUCAAACUCGUUUACAUCAGUUGGUUUUUGCAAAGAAAAUCACACGCUUACAGUUUGACCACUGUUUGUGAUAAGAGCUGCCACACUUUUAGUACCUACAUGCCAAGAUGCAACAUUUGGUUUAAUAACAAUCGCAAUAAACCUGCUUAUACAUCCCUCUCACUCCAAGUUCUCAAUAAUUUUUUUUUUACUGUUUGCCUUACAAUUCUUGAGAUGGUAGUUUGGAGGAUUUGGUAUUGGAUCAACUAGCAAACCCCUGAUUGAUAUUUUUUUCUAUUCUCAUCACUUGUCUGCUUGAUAUUCUGUCUUACUUAGUCAGUCAUGGGAAUUUUGAAAUGGUAAAAGUUUUGAAAAUUACUGUAAUCUGCAAUUUGGCAGUUGCUUCAUGGCUUCUCUACAAAAUUGAAUUUCACAAAAGCCAAAAAUUUCAUGGUUUUCUUAAUGGCAGUAUCAUGGAAGGUAAUUACUGUAAAUAAUAAAACAGUAUAGGUGAAGAAUAACUUCAGUAUUAAGCCUCAAAGAUGGAUUUAUACAGGUUCUCAGACAACAGUAGAACCCUGAUAAUUGAAGCUUCCAAGGGAAAUGAAAAUUAGUUUGAAUUAAUUUUUUUUGGGUCCUUAAUUUUUUCAACUGCUUAAGUAGCAUUCGUUACCGUGAAGAUCGCCUUCAUAUUAAUUUCUUUAACUGAAGUUCCCAUAAAUGACUUUCGUAUACGCACAGUCUGAGAAGUUUAGUCAGUGUUAGUUAUGACCAACACUUAAAAGUUUAUCAAUCAACGUUUUUACUUAAAGUUUACAAAAAUAGAGUAAAUUUAAGCCAAGUAAAAGUAAUAUUAGUUCAAGUCUGUUAACUGAGUUGGAGUUAGCUGAUAAUAAAUUACUCAUUAUAUCCAUACACUUUGCUACAUCCUCCUGAAUAAAAGCAAACUUGAAAAGCACAUGAAUUCACCGCUGUUAAAAAAAAAUGGGGGUUCUUCUUCUUUAUGAUGGUUACUAUACAUGUUUUGAUUUUGUGUGUGUGUGUGUGUGUGUGUGUGUGUGUGUGUGUGUGUGUGUGUGUGUAGAGAAUAAUUAAUUGAAAUACUUUUAAUUUAUCAGUAUAGUCAAAUUUUUAUCCUUUCUUUUGCAGGUUCUUCUCACAGGAAUCUUUGGAUACAUUGGUGCAAAAGAUGAUUCAACUCCUAACAGGUGUUUGGUGAGUUUAAAGCUGCAUACACCCCUGUGCUUGUAAAUCUAGAAUGCUUGAUAAUGCAAAUGGUUUAAAUAUUGAUGAAGCAAUGUACUUAUCUAGCAGAACAUUACUAGCAUACAGACUGUGACCAAAAAAAAAUUUUAAAUUAUUGAAACCAAAUGAAUACAAACAAUAAUUAUCUCGACAUUUAGAACAUGGAAAAAAAAAAAUGAAGAAAAUUGAUGACAGAAAAUAAAUAGCAUACAGACUGUGAGGCUUUCUCACUUAAAAAAAAAUUUUAGGAUAAUUAUUAGAGAAACCAAAUAGCAGAAACACAGCUAAUACUUAGAGAGAAGAAAUUCCUUAAGCUUUCUUUUUUAAAAGAAGCGGAGGAGGGGAAAUUAUGUCAGAAUUUAAGAAUUAUAAAAGUUUGGAUGAAAGUAAAUUGGUUUGGGUGCGGAAGGGUAGUAUUAUAAUUCUGGAUUUGAUUGGGGUUCUUGAAUUUGUACCUAAUUGAAACGAAUGGAUAUCAUGAAAUUUUAAGAGUUUAAGUUCCUUUAACACACUGGGAAUUAGAAGAAGAUGAGUGGUUUGGGUGCUGGUCUUGUAAUCUGGUGAUCCUGGGGUUUGCCUUGUUACACACGAGAUUUGUUUUCAAUUUUUUUGUGGUUCCUUGGCUGCAAUUUGUUUAAGUUAUAUCCAACUGGUCUGCCUCCUGCCAGUUGGGGUUCUUAACUACUUUAAGCGUUAAUUCAAACAGCUGUUGUCUGAGCAAACUGCAUCUGAAACAAUCCUUAGUUUGGUUGGAAAGCAAACAGUGGAAGGACAUUUAUUUAAACUUUUAACUCCCAGAAGUGAUUAACAUAAAACUUCUUCCUACAAUAUCCACACAUUCUUCAGCAAACAGGUGAUGAGAAUAUUCAAACUUAUCAGGUAGAAGCUGCCAUCUUGAUCUAGCACCAAUUUCUCGUAACUAAUUUACAAUGAAAUGUGUAGCAGCUACAGGGGAAAAUUAACAAUCAGAUCUUGGGAGUUUAUUAGGGUUAUUAAUUGAAUCAACUCUCUUUAGGAGAAAGCCUGAGGCCCACUUUUUUGGGUAAAACUGUGGUUUGGUUUAAUAACCAGCACUACAUGUAUGUUUGUGUUUAUCAGUAAUUAAUAUCAUAAUGUUUAUUUCCAACUUGUUUGAAUUCAUUAUUAUUUAAUUAUUUUAUAAAUACAUUUAGACUUGUGAAUUAUAUUACCUAAUAACUAUAAUAAUUAUUAUUAUCAUUAUUAUUUACUUAUUUAUUAAUAUCUUGACAACAACAGAUAUUGAGUUUCUUGAAUUAAUGUAACCUUGGUUUUUUUUUUGGCCAUUUUGUGCAGAUUGGCACUUACAUGGGAUUUGCCAUCACAGUUUGUGUUCUAACUGUGUUCAUGUUCAUCACCUACUGUAUUGCUCUGGUUGACUAUUCUCAUAUCAGUAGCUGCAAGAGAUACCAUUACAGUUACUUCAAAGUCUAUUGUUACUCCGUAAGUAAGAGGCAUAUGGCUGCUGUUGGAACUGGGUUAGGCUCCUGCCUUCUUAUAUGCGCUGUCGUUCAGUUUAUGUUGUCUCUUACUGCAUCAAUCUACUGCUGUGGUGCUGUUUGUUGCAACACCCCAAGAGGAGUGGUUCGUAUUAUCAGUAGACACUUUGUAUUCAUGAAUUUGCAUGGUAGAAUCUUUUGCUAGAUAUGCAUGUACCACAGUUUGAUCAUGAACUCUUUAACUCCCAUGAGUGACCAAGAUAGAAUUUCUCCUUACAAUAUAAAUGUAGUAUCAAGCAGACAAGUGAUGAGAAUAAGGAAAAAAGGAUCAAUUAAGGGAUUAUUUUUGAUCCAAUACCAAAUUUCCAAAAGUAACAUCAUGAGAAUUGUAUGACAAACAGUGAGGAGAAUUUCUAAUAAGAUCUGGGAUUGAGAGGGUUAAGAAGGCACAGAAAGUUAGAUGAUCAUUCGACCAGUGGUUGUGUCAGAGGCAUAAAUGCAUGGAGCAACUGGUACCCAUUUAUACUCCUUGGUACAGGAGAGAGACCAUGUCAGAGGAGUGUCAUGUCCCAGAACACAACUCAGUGACCUAGCUUAUAUCAACCACAGCUUAAAAGAACAUGAAGAUCUCUAUCAUUGGAGUUCCAGCUUACGUAUCUCUCACAAUUUAUUUUUUACUCACUGCACUUAGCAUAGUACUCAGCAACUAUGUUUAAAAACCUCUGUUUUGGCUUUCAGUUACAGCUUAACUUGAAAAUAAGCAGGAUGGUUUCUUUUCAGUUAUUACUAAAUAGUCAGCAGGGUCCACACUUCAGGACUAACACCAAAAUAUUUUUCUAUACUGCCAGACUAAACUCAAUGAAUGAAUGUUUUAAAUUCAAUGAUGGUUGUAUUGAUUGAGAGAUUGAUAUUAUGAGGAGGAGUUUUGGGACUGAAAGAGUUGAUUUUUACUUCUGGUUGUUAGACGGUAACCAAUCAACAAGUGACAUACAUUCAGCCUGGGCGGCCUGCAUUUACAGGACCACAGGGAGGUAUGGUUAUCAUUCAGCCAACUGGUGGAGUUACAACUACAACACCAGUUUACCCAGCAGUAGCCCAGCCUCAAGUUUACGUUCAACAGCAAGUUCAUGUGAGUUCUAUUUUGAAAAAAAGAUUGUGGUCUCAAAUAAGGAUGAAUGCACUUGUAUUGAAGUGUUAUUGUUUGUCUUGUGGCAUAGUCACUUUCAAGUUUGCAGUGUUGAAACUCAUUAAGCUAAAAUUGUCGAAAAUGUAUAUUAAAUGAGAAAGAUGGUAAGUUUUGGGCUGGGUAAAAAAAAAAGAUGUUUUUUUGGUCUUGUCACGAUUGUGGGACAAAGAAAAACAUUUUUUUUUUUACUUGAUUUUGUUUUGUAAUUGUGUAUUUUUGUUUGUUUGUUUGUUAAUUUUCAUUUGUUCUUGUUUACUUUUGUCUGCUUCUGUUCACAUCUGUUUCUUUCUUUCUUUCUUUGUUCUUCUUACCAUAAAAAAACUCAAACAAGUUUAUAGUCUAUCAAAAACAAGUUAAUGCUACUCCUCCCAGGCUGGGAUGCCAGUCCGUUACAUGGUAGUGGUUGUUUAGGCCUAAACCAAAUAGAUCUGUCCUGUUCAUAUAGAAUACUUCAUGGAAAGUCUGUCUGUAUAGUUUUUAUGCACCAGCUGGUAGUAACGGAAAUUGAACUUCCUUUUUUUCAUACAUUUGGAAAGUGCACAAUUUAAUUACCUAAAUACAGGGCUCAUUAGUCAAUACAGUCAAAUAUUUUUGUUAAUCCAGCACUCUGCAAAAUUUUCCACACAACAGCUUCUUUGUCUUUCAUUUUCCAGCGAUUUGAUUGGUUACUUUAAACAACCUUUGAAAUCUAAUGGGUGGUUUUGUUUUAAUGUUUCCUUCUCAUCACCUGCCAGAACAUACAAUUUUGAGCAAACCAUGUGCACUUCGUGAAUGAAAUGCACUGCUGAGGGCCAAUCAGAUUGCAGUGAGCUAUUGAUUUAAAAGUGGACGUAAUAUCUAAAAGGUUUUAAUUACCUAAGUCGAGUACAUAACUUUUAGGGCUGUUAAUUUGUGUGCCAUUUAUGAAUCAAAAACCUGACAUUGACACUGAUUUCUAUUUUUUAACUUCAUUACACUCACAGCCUGGGGUGACCAUCCAACAGCCUGGCUACUGGGCUGUUCCCCCUGGGUCCAACCCAGCUGGUACGGUGACUGUGACACACGCAAGUGCUCUUAGUCCACAGAUACAGACUCAAAUACAAUCUCAGGUAUGCAAAAUAAUGAUUGUAGUUGGUGAGCAGGCUGCAUGGACUGAUCUGAAAAGCGUCUUGGAUUAUGUAUAAAAUUUACUACAGUGGAAAGCUUGAUCGUGUGGUCCUGCGAAGUAUUGCUAUCUGUGACAUUUUAUCGUCAACUAAAAUUUAAUUUAUCACCACAUCUGGUUUCAUAUUUGGGAAAGUUGUCUCCUAAAGCGCUCAGAACAUGAGCUUCGGCCAAGAUCUUUCCUUUCUGAAUCCACUAACGUGUUCAAGUGCCUCACGACGGCCCCUUUUCUAAAAACGUCACCUGUAAUUUAAGUUUCUUUUUUUUCUGUCCACAGACGCUAGUUACUGAUGAGAGGCCGCCACCCUAUGCUGCAUAUAUGCAGACGAGCAAUCCUCCACCUUGAGGUGUUUCGCUUGAUGUUACCCCGGGUGGACUGGUUGAUAUUUGAGUCUAUGCGGUGAUGGGGCAUAAUUUAUUUUGAAAGUUUCUGUAAAUA